AUGUCGGAUGGAUGGUCAGAUAGAAAGAGAAGAUCCAUAUGUAAUUUUCUUGUGAAUAGCCCUAAUGGAACUAUUUUUUUGUCAUCACUAGAUACAUCCGACAUUUCAAAAACGGGUGAAAAGGUUUUUGAGAUGUUAGAUGAGGUUGUUGAGAAGGUUGGAGAAGAAAAUGUUGUGCAAGUUGUAACUGACAAUGCUUCUAAUUAUAAAUUGGCGGGACGAAUGUUAAUGGAUAAGAGAAAGGGCUUGUUUUGGACUCCUUGUGCCGCCCAUUGCAUAGAUUUGAUGUUAGAAGAUUUUGAGAAGGAAAUACAAGUUCAUCGUGUUACAAUUGGUAAAGGAAAAAAGAUUGUGGCAUACAUUUAUUCAAGAACCAAUCUUAUUCAUUGGAUGAAGGAGUUUACAAAAGACAUUGAACUAAUAAGGCCUGCGGUAACUCGGUUUGCUACCUCUUACUUGACAUUGAGACGUCUUCAUGAGCAAAAAGGUGCAUUGGUCUCUCUAUUUACAUCAAAGAAGUGGAGGAAUAGUAGAUUUGUGAAGUCUGAAAAGGGGAAAAAAAUUGAAAAUAUUGUUUUGGACAAUCGACAUUUUUGGAAGGGUGUUUCUACCUGCUUGAAGGCUGCAGUACCUCUCAUUAAGGUACUUAGGUUGGUGGAUUCGGAUGAGCAUCCGGCAAUAGGAUUCAUUUAUGAAGCAAUGGAUCGUGCGAAAGAGGAAAUUCAAAAGAAUUUCAAUAAUGUCCUAACAUGGUAA